AUGAAAGUGUGCGCUUGUGUUCUGUUCACUAUAUUCGCUCUCAUCAAAGCAAGCUCUCAACACACCAUCAAAGACCAAAUACUCAAACAAGCAGCUGACGACAAACUCCAUCGAAAUGAAGACAGAACACGUGACGUCACCAGAGACCUUCCAGCGAAGCCUAAAGCACUAGGCAAGGUACCUAGGUUCCAGGUCACCACGCCAAGAGUAGUGACCUUCACUGAGUUCCUACAACAAGCGAUCCAUAUACUGAACACUUACGACGAUACCACGUUCGGAGAUUUCAUCGACAUUUUAAAUGAAGAAGUUAGAAACCAUCACUACAAAGGAUGCAAGUUCUCCGACCUGACCAAACACCACGACACUAGAAGGCUGCUGCAGACUAAACUGGACUUGAUCAGCGGGAAACCGGUGUCUGAGACGAAAGCCAAUGUAAAUGCUUUAGCUGACAUGCUCAGAGACGAGAGGUAUGACAGGAAAGCCAAAGAUUUCGUCGAUUUCAUCAAUUCUUUGUACGGAGCCGCAACUGUAGAGAAAUUCGAGAAGAUUUUGAAUGAACUGGAACAUUACAACAAGCCAGGAACUAGACGCAUGGACGACAAUCUGGCGCAACUUGUAAAGGACGCACUAAAGACGUUGAUAUUCGAUUACUACACAAAGCUACAUGUCAACGCUAAAAUAGAACUCAAAGAAAAAAUACAAGAGAUUUGGAAUCAAAUGCAAGAAAGACAAACUUCAGGUUAUAACAAACAUAACUUUCGUGUAACACCGCCUACUACUAACUUUGAUACAUCAGAGAAUAUGAUUCCUGCACCUGUAUCUCCGGCAGAAGACAAAGAGUCCAGCUAUGAUGCAGACGAAGGAACUAGUGGAGAUGCAAGAGCUAAGAAAACCGUUAGAAUAGCUUCGAGUAUGGACUCAGAAUAUGUCUUAGACUCUUCUUCUAACUCUAUAAACGAAUUCCAGGAGAAGUUGCGUCAGUUUAACACGCAACGUUACGUGACUUUGGUCACAGAAGCUUACGGCGAGGCACACUCAGACGAGGAUGGGACGGAUGAAGCCAACACAAUAGGAACCAGUAAUGGGGCACAACACAAAAAUAAACAAACAUCUGGUGAAAACAAAAAGAAAUAUGUGAAAGGUUUGGCAAGAUAUGCAAUGAAGCAUUUAAACAAUCACGAUAUUAAUAAAGUAUAUCAGAUGGCCACAAGAGAUAGAAAGAAGUACAGAGAAGAGAAGAGAGAUGAUUCAAUAGAAGAAAGUAGACAAGUUAGUGUGAGGGAUAAAUACUAUGAAGCAAAGAAUAAUAGGGGUGGAGGCAAACGUGUUACUGGUAUGGACACGUUUGGGUAUAAGAGGGCUUUACCUCUUGACCAAUGGCGCGGAGGGAGAUAUAAACAAAUCUAUCGCAGAGCUGGAAAUCUUAACACCACAACAACACAAACCAAUGAUUUAGUGAGAAGAGUCAGCAAUCUAGAAGUACAACUGCAAGAAGUGAAGGAAGAAAUACACGAUGGACACACUACAGAUAGACAUAGCAGUACACAGUCAGUCACAACAAGAUCAAUGUAUGAUACAAAGAAUAGAAUGAAUAAGACAAGAGCUGUACCGACAAUACAAAUGAGAGCUGACGCAAACGAAUUCGUAACUGAAGCAACGAACAAUAAAACAGAAGAAGUUACUGCGACAGAACCAUCCGUAGCCACAACAGAUACAGUAGUACAUGUAGAUACAAAUACUAGAACUACUGAAGUACAUGUAGAUACAAAUACUAGAACUACUGAAGUACAUGUAGAUACAAAUACUAGAACUACUGAAGUACAUUCUCCUGUAACCGUCGCUGAAGUAAGUGCAGCAGAUACAAGGCUGUACGACAUUGUCAAUGCAACUGCAGUCUAUGAUAAAACCAAUGCGUCUAUGACGACUAGUAAGAGUUUGAGGAGACAUAAUUCUCCUAUAACGCAUGCGGCUGCUGAUUAUACUUAUAUAGAGUUGGAUCCGUUUGAUCAUGUACAUGAGAGUUGAUGUGUUUUCAGUAAAUAAAU